CUCAGCAUUAUUAUCAGAUGUCAAAUUGACAAAAGAAUAUCAGAAAUUGAAAAUGCGAUAGUGUACAAACAAAAUUAUUAAUUUCGAAUGAUUUGGUAAUGAGUUUUUUUAUUAUUAUUUAAUCGUGAAAAUUAAUGUACAUUUUUACUCUAAACAAUACUUAAUCAGUAUUAAUAUGAGGAUCCCAUACAGAAUUGAUCCGUUAGUACUAUCACUAUAUGAACGAUCCCAGGAGACUAGUGACUUGAUCAGCGAGCAGGGGAUAUUGAUUGACGCCCAAGAUUUAGAAUGGGAUAACGACGAGAUCCCAACUUUGGUCGAUUUAUGUGUUAAGAAGAUUGCUUUUUAUUUCGAUGAGCAUCCUUGGUUCUAUCAAGUGCCGUGUGCUGAUAGGGACUAUUUAUUGGAAUUAUUAUCACUUGAUCUCGAUCUAGAACUGACUAUUCCUCUUCUAAAGGAGAACAGAAUUGCAAUAUUGGAAGUAAUACAGCAACAGGUAGCAGAUUAUCCAGAAUACACUUAUACCAGUUUAGAAACAUUGCGUCAAGUUUUGUCAGUAUGUGGUUUUAAAUAA